CAUUUCGUAAGUUCGGCGGCUUCUAUCAGUUUCACUUGUUCGCACGGGAAAAAAUGCCGGCAGGACAUGGAGUUCGUGCUAGAACAAGAGAUCUGUUCGCGAGGGGGUUCAGGAAGAAGGGUACAAUUCCACUGUCCACCUACCUAAGGACCUUCAAGGUCGGCGAAUACGUCGAUGUCAAAGUGAACGGUGCGAUACACAAGGGUAUGCCUCACAAGUUCUACCACGGUCGUACUGGUCGCGUCUGGAACGUUACCAAACGUGCCGUUGGUGUCGAAGUCAACAAACAGAUUGGAAACAGGAUCAUAAAGAAGAGGCUUCAUGUGCGUGUGGAGCACGUGCAGCAGUCUAGAUGCGCGGAAGAGUUCAAACUGAGGAUAAGGAAGAACGAUGAGCUCAAAGCUGCUGCUAAAGCAAGAGGUGAGACAAUAAGCACCAAGAGGCAGCCUAAAGGACCCAAACCAGGAUUCAUGGUUGAAGGUAUGACCUUGGAGACAGUCACUCCUAUCCCCUACGACGUCGUCAACGAUCUCAAGGGAGGCUAUUAGUUCUUUUCUACUUUCUCUCCUGUUCUUGCUGUGUGUUUUGGAACUCUGCAUUUGUAGCCACUUGAACUAAAGAAUAUGAUUUAUAUGAGAAUUUUUUGGAGUCCAGAUUUUCAUUUUGUGUGGAAUGUUUUUAUCAUGGUUCAA